CUAUGAGGAAAAACCGGAAAUACGAAAACGUUGCGCUCUUCAAACCAUAUUCGUACCUUUCGUGCAUUUAGCUCGAUUUUCCAUUUCCAUGCAUAUUGUACUACAAAAAAUUUACGAUGGACGCCAGCGAUUUAUAUUCAAAAUUUUGGAAAAAGAUUGUGUUCAAUGGCAAAGCUGAACAAGUAACAAAAGGUUUGAAAGUAUGUCGCACUGAUAGUGAAACUAUUGCCUAUGUGCGUCAAUUAUUAGAUGAUUCAGGUUUGCUGCAACAGAUUCAAUUUAUAGUAGAUGAGAAAAACGAGACUAAAGCAAUAGAAUGUAGAAAACGCGGUAACGAGAACUUUCAUCCGAGAAUAAAGAAAUACAUCGCUGCGAUUGAAUGUUACAACGAAAGCAUCGCAUUGUCAAAUGGGGGUUCAAAGAACUUGGCCAUAGCUUAUGCUAACCGUUCAGCGGUGUGCUUUGAAUUAAAGGAAUAUAACGCCUGCUUGGAAAACAUUCGCUUGGUCCUGCAGAAUCCGUAUCCAGAACGCUUGAUACCGAAAUUGUUGCAGAGAAAGCAGUGCUGCUUAGAGAUGAUUAACAAUAAUCAUCGUCCCGCACAUUUCGACAUGAUUUUGUGCGAACCAAAAUUAUGCAGCAAACCAAAUCCUAAAAUACCAUUUAUCUCUGAUUGCCUGGAAUUGGAGAAGAAUGACAGGUUUGGUCGACACUUGGUGACGAAUAAAAAGUUAAAUCCAGGAGAUUUUGUCGUAAUCGAAAAACCAUUUUCCAAAAUGCUGUUACCCAACCUUCGCUACAUGAACUGCGAUUAUUGUCUUGAAGAUAAAUUUCUCAUUUUAAUACCAUGCCAUCAUUGUUCGAUUACGAUGUUUUGUUCGGAGAUGUGUCAGCAAAAGGCGUACCAAAGCUACCAUCGUAUAGAAUGUCCAAUUAUAAAGCAUUUGCAUAAGUUAUUUCCCCUAAAGGUUUUGGUACCAUUAAGAACUACUAUAAUGGCCAUAAGCAGUUUCGACUAUGAUCUGCAAGAUUUAUUGGAACAUGUGGAAACACUAGGGGAAUCCUCUCUGAAUUCAUUUGACUUAGAUUGGACAAAGUUGCAAGCUAAGCAGGUUUACAGUACGAUUCAUAUGCUAGCUACAAACCAAAACCUACGCACUCCGAAUGAAAUGAUCCAGCUAACUGUCUUGUGUAUUGCCACGAGCGAAGUGCUGCUGAACUAUACUCCAUUGAGAAGUUUUUGCGGAAACAUUGAGUCUCACCGUGAUCUUAUACGAAUUAUUUUGUUUCGUCAUCUACAAAUUUCCAGUGUGAAUUCGUGCUCUAUAAAUCGUGUAAAUUAUUACCCGCAUGGAACAGAACGAUUUAAAGAAAAUUAUAUUGGAGGUGGUUUAUUUCCAAUAUUAAGCAUGCUCAACAACUCAUGUGCACCAAAUAUAACACGGAUACCACUGCCGAACGGACGAAUUGCAGCCAUAGUUUUGCGACCGAUUGAUAAAGAUGGUCAACUGUUCUGCUGUUACGGGUACCACCACCUCCAUAACACAUUAUUUGAUCGACAUCCCGCACUUUAUUUGAAAUAUCACUUCAAAUGUCGAUGCGAAGCAUGCCAAUAUGAUUAUCCUCUGCGCGAGAACUUGAAGCAUAUCGCACUGCCGUCAUAUUUUGAUAUUGACAGCAGGGAAUGGAUUGUUAAUUAUCGCAACCGUAAUAUAGCGGAAGCCUUGAAAAAUUUUAGGAAACACUGCAAAUUCUUGAAAGAUUACGACUGCAAGUAUCCCAACUAUGAGGUUUGUGUUAGCCAUGGUGAUUUUAUACAAUGCUUGAACAUGAUUUACUCUCCUCAUUCCCAAUAUAUUAAAUAUCAGGGACUGUGUUACUUUUAA